AUGCUCAACCUCAACAUUUUCCGGAUAUUGGGCGACCUGGCUCAUAUAUCGUCGAAAUGUAUCUUGAUCUGGGCUAUCCACCGGAACAAAAGUGCUGAAGGUGUUUCGCUCCUCACUCAGAUGCUCUAUGCUGUCGUUUUCGUGACCAGAUACCUUGAUCUGACUCGUGCGAACGGUUGGAGUAGCGUCUAUAACGUCUUUUUCAAGCUCUUCUAUAUCAUCUCUUCCUUCUACAUCAUCUACAUCAUGAUGAAGGUCUUCCCUCGGACCCGGGAAAGAGAGCGGGCUUGGAAGUUAGGGAUUGGUUCGGCCGCGGUUUCUCUCGUCCUUGCUCCGAUCUUGACCCUGAUCUCAUACGGAGGUUUCCCAUCCCAUUGGUUCACCGAGAUCUUCUGGGCGUUUUCCAUUGUUCUGGAAUCCGUCUGUGUGUUGCCGCAGCUGUUACUGCUGCGGCAGACCACCGUCCCCACGGUCAUUGAUUCCUACUACCUCGUCACACUGGGCUCUUACCGCGCAUUCUAUAUCCUGAACUGGUUGGUGCGCGGAUUCGGCGCGGAGCACUAUUGGGAUCCGGUUGCCGAUUUCUUCGGCGUCGUUCAGACGGCUUUCUAUAUUGAUUUCGCCUGGGUGUAUUACUCGCGCCAGCGCGUCAAGCUUCGAAACGGAGGGGUUGUCGAUUCAGAGGACUUCCGGAGGAGCUGGCUAGUGAACCGGGUGCUGAAUUUCCGACGUCGCCACAGCACGGACGAGGAGCAGAAUCUUCGAGACGAGGAAGACAGCGGCGACGGAGAGCGACCGAGUAGCAACCGUUGGGGCGCGAGAGGAAUAUCGAUCUCUGCAGAUGACACGCUGGACGAGCACUCCCGCAACAAGCCCCAUCAUGCCAACCACAGCGAUGAUGAUGAUGGCCUGGGGGAGAUCCUGGAGGACGACGAUGAGCAUCUCGCGAACCAGGCGAAUGGACAGACGCAACGCAAGGGUUCUCCUCCUUCAGUUGCAUGA